GCUGCCUCUUCCCUGCGCUGAACCAGCACCUGACGGGCGGUUUACCAAAGCUGCGGCGGCGGCGGCAGGUUAGUGGGGGACACAGCAACUUUGCCAAGUCUGUGGUCAACCUGGCCGACAUGAUCUAUAAGGAGCAGCUCAACACGCGCAUCGUGCUGGUGGCCAUGGAGACAUGGGCCUCGGAGGACCGGAUCCGGAUGGGACAAGACUCCCUGGAGACCUUGAACGAGUUUGUGAAGUACCGGCGUGACGGGCUGGCACAGCAGAGUGACACUGUCCACCUCUUCUCGGGUCGGACGUUUCAGAGCAGCCGCAGUGGCACUGCCUUCGUGGGGGGCAUCUGCUCGCCCACCCGCGCGGGGGGUGUCAACGAGUACGGCAACGUGGCGGCCAUGGCAGUGACGCUGGCGCAGACGCUGGGGCAGAAUGUGGGCAUGAUGUGGAACAAGCACCGUGUGGCUGCAGGGGACUGCCGGUGUCCGGACUCGUGGCUGGGCUGUAUCAUGGAGGACACAGGUCCCUGCCAAGUCCAAGGUAACAGUGCCGGUGUCAAACCCAGUGACAGCGCCGGACCCUUGCGCCUGAUGGCAAAGAGCAAGUGGUUCGAGGGUCCUGCUGUUCCACCGGAGACGUGA